UGCUAUCAGCAUGAGUGGGCGCUGCUGGUCUGGAUAGGGAAUAGGGAAGCAGCUGGAUGGAUACCCGACCUGUGACCUGCUUCUCAUAUUCGUACCUUGACAGUAACGACUUUUUCGGGGUGGUUUGCGGUUUUUGAGCUUCUUUUUCGACGCAGGAGACAUUUAACUUGCGCUAGUUUAUUUUUUGCUUAAUGCAAACGAGUAGUUUGCUCAGAAGCUAGCGGGGUAGCUUCUCGACAUUCUCAGCAGCUAUGGCCGUGUGGAUGUGUGAAGCAGGAGUGCGGGAUAGCACCAUCUUCCACCGGACAAGACUGGCCAGCUUUUAAUAAGCAGACCAAGUUCAGGAGUUUUUACCGCCCGGGUCCUCUUGCCUCUGAAGUACUGGAAACAUGCCCGGAGAUGUGGCGCUGGCAAGUUCAGGGGGAGCGGCUUUACCUGCGGGGGGUUCAGCUGCCAACACGUCGGCGUCCUCCAGCCCGACGCCGGGGAACGAGAACCGGGGCUGCGAGAACGGAGCCCUAAUGGACUCCUUUGGGAUUUUCCUGCAGGGGCUUCUGGCUGUGAUGGCUUUCAGCACGCUAAUGUUAAAACGCUUCAGGGAGCCCAAACAUGAGAGAAGACCCUGGAAGAUCUGGUUCCUGGACACUUCCAAACAAGCAAUAGGGAUGCUGUUCAUCCACUUUGCUAAUGUCUACUUAUCAGACCUCACAGAGGAGGAUCCCUGCUCACUAUACCUCAUUAACUUCCUAUUAGAUGCCUCUUUGGGCAUGUUGCUAAUAUAUGCAGGAGUAAGAGCCGUCAGCGCUAUUGUAGAGUGGUGGCAGUGGGAUUCUCUACGUUUUGGAGAAUACGGAGAGCCAGUGCAGUGCACUGCAUGGUUGGGCCAAUGCAUCCUCUACAUCCUCAUCAUGGUGUUUGAGAAAGUUUUAAUCAUGUUGGUUCUUCUCAUUCCCCAGUGGAAGAAGCUGGCUCUCCUCAACCCCAUAAACAAUCCAGAUCUGGAACUGGCCAUCGUCAUGCUCAUCGUUCCGUUCUUCGUCAAUGCCCUAAUGUUUUGGGUGGUAGAUAACUUCCUGAUGAAGAAGCACAGAACAAAAGCAAAGCUUGAGGAGAGAGAAGAGGACUCUCGAGGGAACAGCAAGGUUCGCUACAGACGAGCUCUUUCCCACGACGACUCCGAGUCAGAGAUUCUGUUCUCAGCAGAUGAUGAAAUGGAUGAGUCGGAUGAGGACGAUGUCCGUAGAAUCACCGGUCUGAAGACGGUGAAGAAGAAAAAGCUCAGGAUGGGGAUCCCUCCAGGAGAAGUAAAAAAGAAGAAGCGACCACCAAUGAAGGAAGAAGAUUUGAAAGGAGCUCGCAGUAAGCUGGGGCUGAAGGGCGAGGUCAAGAGUAAGACUUAUGAGGUCAUGGCAGAGUGUGAGCGCUUGGGCAAGGUGGCUCCAUCUGUGUUCAGCGGAGUGAGGACAGGAACAGAGACGGUCCUCACAAAGCCUGCAGGUGCCAAAGACCCUUCUGCCAGUGUGUUCAGCAAGUGAUCACUCUGCAACAAGACAAGAAAACAGGAAUAGAUGAUUACAUAUAGUCUUGGAGACAAGACUGGACUGGGAGGACUGUAGUGGAUAUGUGUGAAAUAUGAAGCUAGCCCAUAAAUGAGCUGGAUAUUUCCUACCAUGCUGUGUUUUGAUAUUACUGUUGAUGACUUUUUACUUUUGCAUAAAUAAUUUUUCCAUUAACAA